CUUUUGCAAGUUGAAUAGCAUCACCAUGGCUGCAUCGACGAACCGGCUACGGUUUCUCUAUUCCUCCGCGAGGACCAUUCCUCAAACCGGGUCCAUUGCCCCAAUCUCCCGCCGCACAUAUGCCACAACAGAACCUUCUCCGUCCGCCACCGGUGCCCCGGUAACAGCCCGUAAACGGACAAACUUCACUGAUAAGCUGAAUGCCGGCCCUUCCUUCGCAGAUUUCGUCUCCGGAGGCGGAGACAACGCUCCGCUCGAGCCCUCCGAAGCAUAUGCCCUCAAAACCGCCAUGGUCGGCCCCGCCGGCCGCAAGAAGGAAAUGACCCGUUUGCCGUCCUGGCUCAAGACCCCGAUCCCAGACUCCAAGAACUACCAACGGUUAAAGAAAGAUCUACGAGGUCUAAAUCUGCACACUGUUUGCGAAGAGGCCCGGUGUCCCAACAUCUCCGAUUGCUGGGGCGGUAGCGACAAGUCCGCUGCUACCGCCACUAUCAUGCUCAUGGGUGACACCUGUACCCGUGGAUGUCGGUUCUGCAGUGUGAAAACCAACCGCAGGCCUCCGCCUCUCGACCCGCAUGAGCCAGAGAAUACCGCCGAGGCGAUCUCGAGGUGGAGUCUAGGAUACGUGGUGUUGACGAGUGUGGAUCGAGACGACCUGGCGGAUGGUGGCGCUCGCCACUUCGCCGAGACGGUUAUCAAGAUUAAGCAGAAGAAGCCCAGCAUGCUGGUCGAGUGCUUGACGGGUGACUACCGUGGUGACCUGGAGAUGGUGAAGUUGGUGGCUCGGUCCGGACUGGACGUGUAUGCGCACAACGUCGAGACGGUUGAGGCUCUGACCCCGUUUGUCCGUGACCGUCGCGCGACUUUCCAACAGUCGCUCCGCGUCCUGGAGGCGGCGAAGCAGGCCAGGCCCGAUCUGAUCACUAAGACCUCUCUUAUGCUUGGGUUCGGUGAAACUGAGGAGCAGCUCUGGGAUGCUCUCCGUCAAUUGCGGUCGGUUGGUGUUGAUGUCGUUACGUUCGGCCAGUACAUGCGUCCUACGAAGCGUCACAUGCCUGUGCAUGAAUAUGUUACGCCUGACCAGUUUGAGCUCUGGCGCCAGCGCGCCCUGGAUAUGGGCUUCCUCUACUGUGCUUCUGGGCCUUUGGUUCGCAGUAGUUACAAGGCUGGUGAGGCGUUCAUCGAGAAUGUUUUGAAGAAGCGACGUGCUGCUGGUACUGCGGGCGAGUCUGUUACGGAUAGCAAGGUUGCUGUCGGUGAGGCUACUCGGUGAAAAUACUUAUAAAUCUCUUUCCCUAUUGUCUACUUUUGUCUCGGCGCAGGUUUAGGUUGGCUUUUCAUCAAUCUUAUGAAAUGUAUUGAUAUUGACGGGCAUGGGCCGUCGUUCGGAUAUAUUCGUUAGUUGGGGUUUGGGAGGUAAAAUAGAAAGCAUCCUCCGAGCAUGCUCUGGAAGUUCAUUGGGUUCAACACUUAUUU